AUGGCAGCUACAGCCUCUAAAUCUGUUAAUCCAUUUGCUCAACAGCGUCAAUGGAAUUACCAGCUUGAAGAUAGUUGUUUGCCCAAGUUUUAUGAACAAGAUGUGCACCAAUCUCAACGCACAACAUUUCGAUCUGUAUCUCCCAAAAUGUACAACCAACAAAAGAUGGAUUACUUUAGUGACAUCAAUGAUGAAUUGGAAAUGGCUGACAACGAAGACUCGCUGUAUGAAGCCACGCUCAUGAAUGCUAAUUUCCUAUCACUGUCCUCUUCGUCGCCUUGUAUUCCUGUUCAAGACCAAGAAAAGCCGAGUGGUUCGCUCAGCCGUCUCCGUCAAAUUCUCGGACACAUCAACCCAAAUUACGUCCCUGAAUCGCUAGCAUUGCCUGAUAUUACCCCAGCACCCUCUGUUCGCUCGCAAUUCUCUGCUGCUUCGUCUUCAUCCUUGUUUCAACAGCAACACGUUCAGCAGCAAACCACUCAUACAUCUGCAAUGAGGGCAUUCUCCAUAUCCGAUCCUCGCGACCCUAAAGGAAAGGGAAAGUCUAGAUCUACUUUGUAA